CUGAGGAUCAGACGUUAGUAUUUGCUCUCAGAAACUCACCUGUGAAGCUCCAAAGCAGGUCGGAGGAAGAACAGUCAACUUUUGCUUUCGGUCUCUGAUCUGAUCACAGACCAGAGAGAGAAAUCAUGCAGGCUUCAAAAGAGGAGGAAAAAAGUUUCAAAGAAAUGCAAAGGACGCUGUGGUUACUCAGAGUUAAACGCUCUCUUGGGAACACCUGUAGGAACUUGGACCAAAAGGAAGAACUGAUAAAGAAGUGCAGGAACCAAAGCGUCCUGCAGUGGCUGAGAGACGGUUCAGAGUCCCGAGACUUCUCCCAACUCGUGGACAUGUUUAAUUUCCUGAAAGAACGCAUCGACGUGGAAGAGAAGAAGAACCACAGCAACAGUGUAGACAUCACCUUUGUGGCCCACGGAGCGAUCGGAGACUUCAUGAUCCCAGCCAGCUGCCUCCUGCCUCUGCCCUCCAUCACAGACGUGCUCCUGUAUUCUCCCUGGAACUGCACCAGCAGUGCUGAUGUGGUAUAUGGUGUCGCUACAGGACGCAUCAGGCCGCAGCACAGAGUUUUUAAAUGUGACAAAGAUGACGGCUGUCUGAUUCCUGAUGGAGAGCAUCGGCCUGUGAAACUGCCAAACUACUGGAACUCCAUGAAGACAGCUGGAGAUCAACUGAUUCCCAACAUCACUGUCAGUCCUCUCAAACCCCCAGAGGACGGUGUCUGGGAGAGAUACGAGUCUCUCACAAAGAAAUACGGUGAACCUGAGAGAAACCGCAUCGUCAUCCCGUUCAUCCUCCCAGCAGAGAGGACGUCUUUACAAAGCGUCCCGUUCUCUGUCGUCUGUUUGGCCGCCUCGCUGGUGCUGCUGUCCUCCAGGUUUCAAGCCACCCUCCAUCUGAGUGCCUGUCUGGGGGAUCGGUCUGCUGGACAGAAGUUUGACAAAGACUAUCUGCAGACUCAGUAUGCCUGCGCUGUGGACAGCACUGUGAUGACACCUUCAGCAGACAUGUUCACUUUGACCUGGAGAGAUGCUUUUAGAGGUUGAGGACAAACAUCAGCCAUGCCUGAGGCCUCCUCACUGUUGAAACUGGGUUAGCAGUUGUUUGUGUAAGAGGAUAAAUCAGGUAUUUUCAUGAAAUGUCAUCAGUCACAGCCAAAAUAAUGUUCAACUGCUCCAGUCUGUAGUCUACAUGUUUAAAAAAGACCACCAGUCCCCCUCCCCAAGAGACUAAAGCCCUCUGCCUGAACGACUGCUGCCUAGUAGCACUCAUCAUGACCCCCCUCCCUGACUCACUGGACCCAAUUUGCAUACAGAACAAACAGGUCAGCUGCCGACGCCUUCACCCUAGCCCCCCACCUGGACCAGAGGAACACAUUUGUGAGAAUAAAUGAUGAGACAGACCACAGAGAGGAGGUCAGAGCCCCGACAUCUUUGAGCCAGGACAACAACCUCUAUAUCGACAUCAUAAGGACACAGAAUGACUAAAAAGGAGAGUGUCUUCAGCUUCAGGUUCCUCUGGGUCCACAUUAGCGAAGACCUGACCUGACCCUCACCAACGGCAUCACAAGGACAGCGAGACAACAGCUCUUCUUCUUCCUCUGCUGGCUGAGGAGGAUCAACAUGGACUCCUCAACACUCUGCACCUUCUACAGGUGCACCUCUGAGAGCAUCCUGAUCGGCUGCAUCACCUCCUGGUCAGGCAGCUGCUACGCCCUCCACGGUUAGGCUCUACAGAGGGAGGAGAAAACUGCUCAGCACAUCAGCAGGACAGAGCUGCAUCCAUGGAGGACAUCUACACCCCAGGAAGAAGUCCAUCAGACUAACCAGAGACCCGACCACCCCAGCCACAAACUGUUCUCCCUGCUGCUGGUACUGCAGCAUCUGGUCCUGCAGCACCAGGCUCAGCUUCAUCCCUCAGACCAUAAGACUGCUGAACUGUCACUUUACUGGCACCUUAAAUUACUGAUACACUUUACACUUCUCUCCUGCCAAACAAACUGAUGGCACCUGUUUACAUCUUAGGAUAGAUAUAUUUACUAUAGCAGUAUAACAGUAUAUAUACAUAUUUUAACUACUGUUUAAGAGCUGUUUGCUGCUGCACUACUUUGUGUCUGUGAGUCUUUAAUUCUAAUUAGAUUUCAGUAUACGGGAUGAUAAGUGUUUUAUAAAUGGGUUAGUUUUCUUAUAUUUUAUCCCUUUUAUUUUAUUGUAUUUUACUAAUUUUAUAGUAAUUUUUCAUGCUCUUAUCUUGUAUUAUUCUUUACACUUGUUAAAGCACUUUGUAACUUGUUUUUGAAAAGUGCUCUACAAAUAAGGAUUAUUAUUAUAUUUAUUAUACAUAUCUGUGUUGUUGGAGGAGCCUGAGAAUAAAGACUUUCACUGCCAAUGACUUCACUGUAGCUGCUGUGCAUAACAUGUAGAAUAAUCCCAUCGUUCUCAAGCAAAUUAUUAUUACCUUUAACUCUUUAAGUGAGAAAAUAUUGAUGAGUCCGUAAUAUCAGUCCAGGAAAUAUUGAUGGAUUGACAAUUUCUUAUGAUUCAUGUGUAGCAGUAGAGCGUAUCUACUCUUGGUUAAUAAAGUUAUGAAUAAUAA